AUGGUGUCCUGCCCUCAGGUGGCGCUUCGGAUCCGCCCGCUCAGUGACACAGAACUGGAGGAAGGGGCCACCGUCAUCGCCCACAAAGUGGGAGAUCAGAUGGCGGUGCUCAUGGACCCCGACGAGGACCCUGAGGACACACUGCGGGCACACCGGUCACGGGAGAAGACUUUCAUUUUCGACACCGUUUUUGACCAGCAUGCCUCACAGGAAGAUGUGUACCGUGCCACCACCCAGCACCUAGUGGAAGGCAUCGUUUCUGGAUACAAUGCAACGGUGUUUGCCUAUGGCCCCUCAGGCGCAGGGAAGACGUACACCAUGCUGGGCAUGGACGCGGAGCCCGGCGUCUACCUGCGGACCCUCAGUGACCUGUUCCGGGCCAUCGAGAUGCGCGGCAGCACGGACUGGGGUGUGUCGAUGUCUUACCUGGAGAUUUACAACGAAGUGAUUCGGGACCUCCUGAACCCGUCCUCGGGGUUUCUGGACCUGAGGGAAGAUUCUCGGGGCAGCAUCCAGAUCGCAGGCCUCACGGAAGUCUCUACCUCUAACGCACAGGAGAUCAUGCACCUUCUCACCAAAGGCAACCGGCAGCGCACGCAGGAGCCCACGGCCGCCAACAAGACGUCGUCUCGCUCCCACGCGGUGCUGCAGGUCACCGUGCGCCAGCGGAGCCGCGGCUCGGACUUGGCGGAGGGAGUGCGCGUCGGGAAGCUCUUCAUGGUGGACCUGGCGGGCUCCGAGCGGGCGUCGCAGGCCCAAAACCGCGGCAAGAGGAGGAAGGAAGGCGCCCACAUCAACCGCUCCCUGCUGGCGCUGGGCAACUGCAUCAACGCGCUCAGCGAGAAAGGCGGCAGCCGGGCGCAGUACGUGAACUUCCGGGACAGCAAGCUCACGCGCCUGCUGAAGGACGCCCUGGGAGGGAACAGCCGGACCGUGAUGAUCGCGCACAUCAGCCCGGCCAGCACGCACUUCGAGGAGUCUCGGACCACCCUGCUGUAUGCCUACAGGGCAAAGAACAUCAAGACGAGGGUGAAGCGCAACCUACUGAACGUGUCCUACCACAUCGCACAGUACACGGACGUCAUCUCCAACCUGCGCAGGGAGAUCGAGCACCUCAAGUCCAAAAUUGAGAAGCAGGAGGAGGAGAAGAGAGGAGAACCCGGGGUCCAGGACGCACAAGGAAAGGGGGAUGUCAAACAUCUAUCACAAAAUGUUCAUCAAUUAUCGACAUGCAGAGGACUCUGCCGGCAGAUGAACAAGAUCCGGGCGCAGCUCGUUGGGGCCUUCAAGGAGCAGUUGGAGAUGCGGCGCAGCCUGGUGGAACUGGAGAACACCAACAUAGAGCUGCACGUUGACAUGUCCCGCCACCUGCUGACCAUUGCAGACCCCGCUCCUCCCUUCCUUCGGUUCCCCACGGUGCCCGUGGCAGUUCAGACCCAGCCUGGUGCCCUGUUGUGCACCUUUGAGGUUUUGCCCUGCGAGGGGGCCAUCGCAGCUAGCCCUCAGAGCCCCAACUGGGAGCGGGAGAAGGCCCAGCACCUCGUGCACAGGGACAGGACGCCGGAGGGGGACGAGGAGCCGGCAGAGGCGGACGGGGACGAGGGCGAGUCCGUGGAGCCGCCUGAGGUGGCCGUGGCCAGAGAGGAGGUCAACACGCUUCUGGCUGAGCAGAGGAAAGCUGCGACCCUCAAGGCGGGGCUGGAGCAGCGUCUGGCCCGUGCCAAGGAGAAGGCCUCGCAGCUGGAGCAGCUGCUGCCCGCGCAGGCCAGCAGCGAGGACCAGCGGGAGGUGUUGCGGCUGCUGUGCUGGGCCCACGAGCUGGAGGCCGAGAACACGGAGCUGCGGGCCGACGGCCUGCGCAGGAGGAGUCUGCUGUGGCAGAAGGACUUCGUGAUCCAGCGUUACCACCAGCACCGGCUGCUCUGUGAGCAGCUCCUCCGGGACCAGCGGCAGCUGAUCGAGGGUGGCGGCCUCGCGGUGCCCGAGUCCCUGGACGAGCGGUACUGUCUGAUCCUUCGGGAGCUGGGUGCGGGCUCGCUGAACCGGCUGCUGCUGCUGCACUCGGUCAUGUCGAGCUCCCUGCGGGAGGAGGCUAGCUGGGACUGGCCAGACGACAGGAAGGACCUCCCGUGGGGUGCCCAGUUUGAACUGCCGCUGAUGCUGCUGGAGGAGCACAGCGGUGGCUACACGUCGUCGCAAGCCACGCCAUCGAAAACGCUGGGAAAGCAGGAUUCCCUUCUCCCUCUGCCAUCCCUCCGCAUCCUGCUAACGCCUCCGGCUCAUGAGUCAGGCCCCCUGAGCGUGAAGAAUUUGGUCUCCAAGCUGGGCGCCCCCGCUGGCCUGGACUUGGGUGCCUCGCGGAUGGCAGCGGAGGCCGGCGGCCCGGCCCUGAGCGCUCAGACCCUCAAGGAGAUGGCCAUGAGCACCAAGAGCAUCGCUCUCAUCGCGGCCACCCGGCGCUCCAAGGCGCAGGACCGCGAGGGUGGCAGCGGCCACUCCUCCCUCCACCUUCCAGAGGACAUGGCCCUGGACUCCAGGGACCCGAGCCCAGCAGACAGGAGGUGGCCCCACGCCAGCCCAGGCCGGGACCGUUCUGCAGAGAAGGCCAGGGGGAAGCUGUCACCCUCCCUCACCUGGAGUGUGCAGACGGUGACGGAGAACCCUCAACCCCCCUCCGUGGAGCACGUGACCAAGAGCCAGCCACCGCCUGCACCCCUGCCGCUUACAAAGUCGUCCGGAAAGAGCUUCCUCCCUGCCGUCUCCACGGCCUCCAAGAUAAAGCCCAGCCCCAGUCUCCACGCAGAUGAGAAGGUGCUGCGGAUGCCUGAGGUCACCUUCACCCUCCCCAGCGCCACGUGGCAGAGCAGCCCGGGCCCCCGCAGGACCCCGCUCGCGCCCCGGGACAUCCGAGGUCAGUGCCUGCCCCGCCCCCACCUGCGGAUCGCCCUGUCCCUGCGCACGCGCACCCUGUGGCCACUCGCCACGGGCCCCUGCCACACGCUCAGCAGCCACGCUUGCCCGGUGGCUACUUAG